AUGCCCCACGGCCCCAAGGAUUGGUUGGACUCCUUUUUCUCCAGCCAUUCCCAGCAAAGUACCAGCACCGCCGCGUCGACGGCCUACAAGACUUCUACUCUCACUGUUCCCUCCAGCACCAGCUCCAUGCCCCCCUCCAAUUUACGGCGUGUCGGCAUGGGCAGGAUGGCAUUGCACGGGGACUUGUACGCGAAAGCCGCAUUAGAUAGUGUGAACGGGACAUAUAAGUGA